GGCGCGUUGGGCAAUCGAUGGUUGAAUCCGGAGUCCCGUCGUUCUAGCCGGCCUCUUUCCCCUCUCUAUGACGCGGUGGGUCGGACUUGUUCCUUCGCCAGCUGAUUCCUCCUGCUGGAUGCCAUGGCGCCUGCAAAAGAAAAUGUCAGUUUGCUUUUAAAAUUGUACUACUUGACGGUGAUGACUUUGGUGGCUGCAACCUACACAGUGGCGUUGCGAUACACAAGAACAACGGGAACAGUUCUGUACUUUUCAAGCACAGCUGUCUGUAUUGCAGAAGUUAUCAAGCUAUUCCUAAGCUUGGGCAUUUUAGCAAAAGAGACGGGAAGCCUGAGUAAAUUACUAACUUCUUUAAGAGAAAAUGUGUUGGGCAGCCCGAAAGAACUCCUCAAAUUAAGUGUUCCGUCUGUUGUGUAUGCCAUUCAAAACAACAUGGCUUUCCUGGCUCUUAGCAAUUUGGAUGCCGCAGUUUACCAGGUGACCUAUCAGUUGAAGAUCCCGUGCACAGCCUUGUGUACAGUCUUAAUGCUGCAUCGCGCUCUCAGCAAACUGCAAUGGUUCUCUGUCUUUAUGUUGUGUGGUGGAGUCACGCUUGUUCAGUGGAAACCAGCUCAGGCUACAAAAGUUCAGGUGGAGCAGAAUCCAUUGAUAGGCUUUGGUGCAAUAGCUGUCGCUGUUUUAUGCUCAGGAUUUGCAGGAGUGUAUUUUGAGAAGGUGCUGAAGAGUUCAGAUACAUCUUUAUGGGUUAGGAACAUUCAGAUGUAUCUCUCUGGAAUUGCUGUGACCUUGGCUGGUGUCUACAUGUAUGAUGGAACUCAAGUAAUGGAGAAGGGUUUUUUUCAUGGCUAUACACAUUACGUCUGGUUUGUCAUCUUUCUUUCAAGUGUUGGAGGCCUCUACACUUCCAUUGUUGUUAAAUACACAGACAACAUUAUGAAAGGAUUUUCUGCAGCCGCUGCCAUUGUUCUCUCUACAGUUGCAUCAGUCAUUCUCUUUGGCUUACAGAUAACUGUACCCUUCUCUCUUGGUGCUCUUCUUGUAUGCAUUUCAAUAUAUCUGUAUGGAUUGCCUCGACAAGACACAACCAAAAUCCAGCCCAUGGAAACAAAGGUGUUGAAACAGAAUCUUAUUAAUGUGUGACAUUUGCCAUCACAAGGAACGUAAAAGACAAUGCAAAUACAGAAAAUUUGAUUGGGAGGAUCUUCAUUUCAUUUUCAAGAAGCCUUAAACUGAUUAUGGAAGACUUUCCGGUUUAAACAAAAAAUGAAGUUAACUGUUGUUGAAAUGAAGGCUUAAUGUGGCGUAUGAGUUGCACUGGAGAAUGGAAUACUUCAGUACAUUCUGAAGCAGUUUUUCAUGUUAAGGUUAUUUCCUGUGUUGGUAUAUGAAGAUCCUGCUCACCUCUCCCCACAAAGAAUUUGAAUGUAUAUUAUGUAUAUUGUAUAUAAAAUAAAGAGGGGAUGCCAUUGAAAUUAAUUUUAAUCAAGCAUGUGAUAUGCCAGCUAUUUGUAGGCAGAAAUGUCUGCAACUUGAGAUGUCUUUGAAAGGGGAGCUGUUACAUUUACUAAAUUGGUAAUUCAACGUUUAAUACUUUGGUUGCAUUGUACUGAAGGCACUUUGUUUCUUGACCAAUGUGUGUGCCAGAUUCUUAGAGUCUACUAGCUAUUGAACUGCUUUUAUGAAGAGCUAAAUUGUUGCAACUAAAACAAAAGUGACUGUUGUAAAAAAAGAAAAGGUGUGGGGGGACACCUUGCUCUUGGUUGUUAAAAUGAAUGCAUUUUUGUUGAACCAGA